AUGCAGAACGAUCUCAUCAACUCGCAGUAUGGAGCCUUGAACGCCUCGGCCGCUAACAACAAAGGAAUCUCCGGAGCCGGACGGGGCAUGUUUGGCCGAGUUCGAAACGGCAGAAGCCCUCUAAGGACGCUCUCUAAUGCCAAUAACUGGACGGACCGGGGUGCCAAACCUCGCCCUGGCCGUCAGUGGGGUCCCCCAUCGGUCGAGGCCCCAGUAAAAGGCAUCAUAACGUCUGCGAUUGCAAAGGCAGGUAAAACCCGUGCUGACCAAGGUCAAGAAAACAUCAGCUUGCUCCCGAACACUUCGGCGGCGCGACCUUCGCCCGCAUCGACCCAGUUUACCUUCACAUGCGAAUCGCAAGUACCAGGCACAUAUAGGGGAGAUGUAGGGUCCGGAUUUCCGCCUCCCGGCUAUAUCUCGAGCACGAAAUCAUUGGGGUUGCACCACGGAAUGCCCCUCCCCGCUGGCCAUCACGACGACCUUCCGAGAGGUCCCGGCGCAGCGGCCGCAAGGCGGAAGAAGAACCGAAAGGCAAUUGACAGAGAACUCGAGGAGCAAGCGAGACAGAGGAGGAUCAAGACGCGAGAGAACCGGCGACGGAACCCGGUGCCCCUCGAAGAAGAGUGGGUGUGCGACUUUUGCAUUUACGAAAGAAUUUGGGGGAAACCUACUGCGCUUAUUCGAACCUAUGAGGAACGAGAGCGGCGGAACGCAUCGCGGAGAUGA